AUGGCACCCAAUGCCCCUCAAAUAGAAGUGAGGUUCCUUGGGCCUUCUGGGAAUGUGUUGAUGCAACAGCUCCGCCCGCCGCCGCCACGUCGUUCGGUCAACCCACUCCCAUCUCACGACUCGAGGAGCGCAAUAAGCUCAGCCGCUGCCCCAAAAGCUGGAUCCUAUAUUGAGAAGACCACUGCAGCAACGGACACACCUCCGCAGAAGCGUACGAAACGGGGGGAUGAUACGAAUCUUGGAAAGCGCGCGACCUUGUCCAGCGAGAAAAGCGUGGAGGAGCGAGAAGCCGAAGACAGCAAUCAAAAGACAAACAUCUCCAUUGAUUCACGUCUAAAUCCUAUCGGAACGACUUAUGAACGCGUCGAGACUGCUGCGGGUUCGGCGGCACCCACAGAUCCCUCAUACCACAAUGCAAGCACGGGCAUGACCACCCAAAUGCCUCUACCAGCACUUCCCGUAGGCGGAAAUGACUCUGUAAUAGGGGCAGAAGCGCUCUCAGCACCUGGAGCUUUGACUGGAACUCAAGUAGCGAGCUCUGUCAUACAGAAGGUACCUCUAGUAAAGCAUCGAAAGAUGACCACUGCCAACGGUGACGAAGACACGGACGGCUCGGAUACGGAUGCGGAUAUUGCGCAGCCAAACUUGUAUAUACAGUCGUACAAAGAUUCCCUAAGCAGACUUGCCUCUCAACCACAUCAUUCAGAUUCAUAG